AUGGCGCUCUCCUCCCAGCAGAUCAUCCUUCUCUGUGCUAUCGGCAUCGUCCUGCUGGCAAGACCGGCUCAUGCAUUCGGCGCAGGCAACAUCGGCUCCACCUCCAAGGUCGAGGGCGAGAACUGGCGCCAUGGAGACUUGGAAGACACCUUGCUCACCAUCGUUGCGUCCCGCGCCAUGGGCGGCAAGAAAUUCAGCAAACUCGAUGUCAAGCGGGUCUACUUCGGCAACUGGCUUCGCGAUUAUAGCCAAGCCGUCGAUGUUGGCACCGUCAAGUAUGUCAGUGCCGAGGCCAUUCGUAUCCUUCUCUGGGUGUUGGGCUUCAUGUCCUUUGGCUACGGCUCUGGCGAGUUUGAAGUGACCACCGAGCGAUUGGGAUGCUAUCGUCCGGAGGAACAUAUCGACAACCCCAAGGACUACGCAGAUAAUCAGGAUGCUCGACAAUACGACCGACGUCUGCGAGGUCCGGUGGAUGAACAACGCGAACUGACCAUCAACCCGCACACCGGGAUGAAGAACUACAUUGCCUCGGAAGGCAUGGGCAUCGACACUUCAGCUGGCUUGGUUCGCAAACUGUUUGGCCGAUGCAUCCAGCUAGGCCGACAGUACUCUCGCAACAAGAACAAGGAUGACCUCUACGAAGCUCUCCGAUUGCUCGGAACUGGGUCGCACUGCCUGGAAGACUUUGCCGCUCAUUCCAACUAUGUCGAGCUGGCACUGAUCGAACUUGGUGAGCGUGAUGUCUUCCCCCAUGUCGGUCGCCGCACUGCCAUCCAGCUCCGCGAAGUGCGUCACCCGGUGUACCCAAUUGUGACAGGGACGUUUGGCGGCGUCGAUUUUCUCCAUUCGGUGUGCGGCGAGUUUGACGACAAGGCCACUCAAUCGGAAAUCGAGGAACUCGAAGGGACCAUGCAACAGUUCGCAAAUGGCGAUCAGGACAAGAGUAUCUUGCAGGAUCUCCUGAACAAACUCCCUUCUGGCAUCUUUGGCGGGAAGGAUGAGGCGGGAAAAGCCAACGAGCUCCAACAAAACUCACUCAACCAACAAAUGCAAAACACUCGGGUCUCACCAAGAGAACCGGAAGAAUGGACUAGGUAUAUCAUGGACGUUCAGAAACAGAUUCUCCCCAUCAUCGAAUGGCAUGAUGAGAUUCUGAAGGCGAUCACCGAGACGAUUGAGAAGAUUCCCAUCUUGCCUGAUCUGAUUGAACAGAUCCAAGAUGAGAUCAACAAGUUCGUGUUUUCGCUGUUGGCGCCAUUUGUCGUGCCCCUGAUCAAUCAAGUCAAGACCGAACUCAACACCGGAUCCAGCGAAAUCAUCAACUCCAGCAAGGAACAGCAACACAUUGUCUUUAACGACGACAACUCUUCAGAUCCUACCCACUCGAUGCUGUCCAAAGACCAUUUCUCCAAUGUCCUCAACGAACCCGCUGGCAAGGUUGCACGAGAGACCGUCAAAUGGGUGGUUCCCCAGAUCGUUGCCUGCUGGGACGACGAGAGCAUCGACGUCAACCGCACUUUGGACCGCAUCAUCAACGGCGUUCUCCACCACCCUGCCUUGCGCGACUACGGUCAAGAUGGUGCCAGCGACGGACGUCGUCUGAUGUUUGCCGUGGUGGAAGAAUGGUGGCGAGGCAAGAGCGACCGCGAAAAGGACACAUUGCGCCGUCAACUCAGCCGCGAAGGCGUGCGCUCCGGUCAGAACCACAAACCUGGCGUCCACGAUCAUGGACAUGGUAGCAACCGUCCUCUCGCCAUGGCGAAUGUCAACUACAACGGCAACAAUUCGGCCGCGGCGGGCAUCGGAGGCGACGCUUUGGGUGCCCUCGGUUCGGCACUAGGAGGCGGAGGCGAUAAUCAAGGCCGCAGACCUUCUCCAGCGGCCGAUAAAAUUGGUGAAAUGGCCGGCGCAGCAGUCGGUGGUGGGGUUCUAGGUUCGCUUGUUGGUGGUCUCGCCAGCGGCAUUGGCGGUAACCUUCUGGGCGGCGAUAUGGACGACAACCAGAACAGCGAGACAUACAAACGCAAUGACUACGGCCAGGACGGUUCGUACACUCAGACUGUGACGCAGGUGGGCCAGUCGCCUUCCGGAGAUCGAUAUGGUCAAGCUCAAUACUCGAGAACUACUGGUCCUAGUAGCGGUCGUCCGCAUGAAGAGUACAACCGCUUCGAGCAGACUCAACAGGGCGGGCGUUUGCAGUCGGAAUAUCAUCAUGAGGAACGCACCAGUAGCGGACAAUUCCAUGAGGAAACUCGGUAA